AUGGAAGCUUCACGGUUGCCGCGAGUCGAGAUGGCGAGGAGGAUGAAGGCACUGACUGCUUGCGAUGAGGUGCUGCUCGCCUGCGAUGACGUUGCCUUCAAGAUCGAGCUCUGCUUCCGCCCUGUGCUGGAGAGGCGCCGGGUGGAGAAGGUUGCGGACAAGUUCAAGGACUACGUGAGCGAGAACGAGCUCAAGACGAAGCUCGACUACGUGUCAGAACACAGGAACAUGCUCCUGAAGAAGCUGAAGGAGAUGGGAGUGAAGGAGACCGACCUGCCUGCUGUCGAGCUGGAUUCGGACAAGCACUUCCAUGAGAUUUCGCCGCUCAGGCCAGAUGGCCGGAUGAACUCUCUUUCUUUGUCUUCGUUCGACAUGGGGCAGGAGCAGUAG